AUGUCGGCUGCUCGAAGCGGCGCGCCCAAGACCCCAGCAUACCUCAAAGAGGGUUAUCGAAGCAACGGUAACACUCCAGGAUUACCGGAUAUGACAGAUGUCUACGAGGAAGGGGCAACAGGAUCAAUGGCUGCUGAUGAAGCGACGCCGCUUCCCCAAGUGGCAAGCAGCAGCGCGCAGAGUACACCAUUGCCACGUUUACAACGAGACGGGAACGGAGCGGUCGUGAGCGAUGGGCAGAUGAUGACUCUGAAGGAACAGGAGAAGGCUAUCGAUAAGCUCGACAAGGAGAACUUCGGUCUGAAGCUAAAGAUCCAUUAUCUGCAAGAGCAACUUGAAAAGGCUGGUCCACAAUAUAAUCAAGCGGCACUCAAGGAGAAUACCGAGCUCAAGGUGACUAAAGUCACCUUGCAGAGAGACAUCGCGCGCUAUAAGAAGAGCCUCCAUCAAGCCGAACGGGACCUCGAAGCGUAUCGUUUACAGCUACAAGAGCUUCGGGAGAAAGCAAAGCGGAGACAGAUGGACGAAGCCGUACAACGAGAGAUGGAUUGGAUGCGUGAGGAACUCGAAACCCGAGAAACGCAAGUAAAGGAUCUUCAAGAAGAAUUGAAAAAUGCGAAGGAGAAGGAGUCAGAGGAAGUCGAAAGGUUACGGGAUGAGAUUGAAGAUCUGGAAGCCACAAUACGAGAAAAGGACCGCAUCAUCGAAGAGAAAGAGGAUGAGAUUGACAACUUAAAGGCCAAUGACGGGAAGGAGAGUGAGGCUGUUGCUGAACUGGAAGCGGAGCUAGAACGCGCCAAAGAGCAACUCGAAGAGCUACAAGAAAAUCUCGAGCAAGCAAGUGAGGAGGCACGAGAAGCGAACGAGGCCCGGAAGCAGGCGAUCGAAGAAAAAGAGCAAGCAGAGGAGAAUCUAAAGGAGUUGCAAGAUGAAAUGGCCAACAAGUCAUUCACCACCAAAGGUCUCAGUCGCCAACUAGAGGAAAAGGUCAUUAAGCUCGAGGAGGAGCUGAAUGAGCUUCGUCAGGAGCACAGCAAUCUCAAGGAGGAAUAUCAAGCCAAAACGCGGCGCGUGACCGAGCUUGAGGAUCAACUUCGAGAGGCUCAACGCGAACAUGCUGCUGAAGAGGAGAAGCUUCGGAACGAAGUUGAGCUAGCAAAUCGCCAACGCGACGUCUCUCAAACGGAGCGUGACGAAGCCUUAAAUCGUUUGAAGCAGGUGCUCGAUGAUUUGGAUCGCAAAACAGACGAGAAAGAGCUCCUGCAGACCCGCCACAACGCUUUGACUGAUGAAUCGGCUAGUCUCCAGAGGGAGCUAGCUAAAGCACAAGCUUCGAUACGCGAGCUUGAGCAGGCGCUAGAGGACGAGAAGCAACGUGCUCUUGACAAUAAUCACGCCUUGCGAACCCAGCACAGGGAAGAAGUGGAGCGGUUGCAAGAGGAAAUAGAGAAUCUGCAACAUGAAAUCGAAGAUAAGGAAGGCCAAUUCGCACUCGAGCAGGACAGGUGGGAGAGUACAAGACGGACCCUUCAAUCGCAGAAGGAAAAAGCCGAAGAACAAGCAGCCGGGUUCAAGCGCACAAUUGAGAAACUCCAAGACGUUGAGUUGACUCUCACCGGACGGCAGACGAAACUCCAGGAAGUGAUCGACAGCGAGAAGGAGCGGCACCGGCAGGAGGAGGCUGUUCUCAGUCGUCAAGUCAAGGAGUUGAAUGAAGAUAUUGCGUCGAAGCGGCAGAUCGUCGAGGAACAACGGAAUGAGCUUCUCGCGGUCAAAGAGGAACUCAGGUUGAGUCGACGCGAAGAAGAAUCAUUGAAAGAAAAGGUUCAGGCUUUGGAGGAUGAAGUUGUCAUUCUGCAAGCGAGCUUAGAGGAGGAAAAAGAGUACGCCAAAGACCAGCUGAAAAAGGGCGCGUCCGACCUGGAGACCCAGCUCCAGAAAGCCAUGAAUGACAGGCAAAAUCUGCGCGAUCAGCUGGCAAAUGCUAAUGUCGAGUUGCAUAACCUCCGAAACUCGCUCGCUGAGACGGAAGCAGAGCGUGAUGAACUUCGGAGCCAGCUCGACCGUGUUCAGUCUCAGGCAGAUGGAAGUCACCGCGUAGAUCAGGAGAAGAUCGAGCUUCGGAAAUCGAAGCUUCGUCUCGAAAAUGAGCUCCAGCGGCUUAAAGAAGAAAAAACGUCCCUGGUUGAAGCAAGGGACAAUCUAGAGAACCAACUCAAUGCAGAGAUUGAACGAGCAACAGAGGAAGAGAAUCGACUGACAAACGAGAUCGCUCAGCUUCAAGACAAGCUUCAUGCAACAUCUGGAGGACGAGAUAGAGAGUUAACCAUGGCCAAGAAUAAGGUGCAGCGUCUCGAGAAACGGGUUUCCGAGCUUGAGACCCUCUUGGAUCAGCAGCAACCUGUGGAUGCGGAAGCUUCAACAGCCGCUGCAGACCUUUCAAUGCUGCGUCACAGCUUGGACGAGGCUCGGAAAAGGGAAAGACAUUACUCCAACAUGAAGAAGUUUGAGACAAAUUCUCCCAGAUCAUCGCCCUCGGACAAAUUGCAAGAGGAAGUGCGAAGCCUCCGGAAAAAGCUGUCAGAGGCGCAUAAGAAUCUGAGCGAUCUGAAGGCAAAGAAUCGCGAACUCGAGCGUAAUGCAAUCAGAGAAGAAGAUAGAAAGGAUCUUCACGAGCUGUUGAAAUCCUCAACGCUCGAAGCCGAGUCCUUGGCGCUGAAGCUCUCCGAACGAGACGCUCUGGUAAAGGAACUGAAAGCUCAGGUGCGCAGGAUCCGUGAGGAGCGUGCCUCGGCGUUGAAGAGAGCGGAUAUUGCUAGUCAGGAACUCGAAAUGCUCCAAGAUCGAUACGACCAAGCGAUGGAGGAGUUGACAGCAAAGACGGAUCGCAAAGGAAGACACGAGAAAGAGAUUCGCGGACUAGGAAAGGAGAUCAUGUGGCUCAGGGCGAGGCUCAAGCGAGAAGAGAGGUUCCGUCGAGAUCUGGCCUGGAGUAAGGGCUUGAUGGAACUGGGAGAGCGAGUCCGGGUAGCCUGCAACGAGGCCGAUCUCCGAAUGAUCGCUCAGAUGGGAAUCAAAGCGCCCGAGUCGAAGAGACUGCACGACGCACGCCGGAAGCUCAGGACGGCCAGCCUGGCUGUCAUAGCGACGGUGCGGAUGCAGAGGAUGAGCUACGAAUGGAGCAAAGCUCGAAAAUUGGGCGAGGGACUUCGACGAGCAAAGAGCGAGGUCCUGCUGCGAAGAAAAGAAAGCCAGAUGAGAAGGGAAGAAUCUGGAGUUGCAGUAAAAUAG